AUGAACAAGGUAAAAAAUAAUUUUAAAACACCGUGGAAUUUUAACAAGUUAUGGAAAUUCCAGAUAUAAGUAUAACUGUUGAAAGUUUAUAGUAAAUAAAAAUAUUGUAAGCCAUGUAAAAUAAAAACAUUUUUCCUUGUUAAGGUAUUUUCAUGAAAUUUGAAUAGGAAAAUGGUGAUGCAUUAAUAAAUUUUAAUUAUCACAGAGGACAUACCUACAACUUAUAGUUUAUUUUAUCUAUAUUAUCUAGAUUUAUUUUUAAUUUUUGACCCCAACUUAGUGUUUUGAUUUUUUUUUUGUUUUGAGUUUAUAUAUUUAAAUAUUCUGUACUAUAAUUUUGUAAAUUAAUUUAAAUUUAAUACUAAAUUAUACAAUUGCUGUGUUUUUUUAAUGGGAAUAUUGAUAUUAAGGCUAUUAAUUAUUAUUGUAUACUGUUAUAUGUUUAUUUGUUUUGCUAAUGACUUGAUGUAAAUUUCAAUUUGUUCAAUAGUUUUUGCACAAUUUGGGAGUGCCGAGUGAUUGGGAAGUUUGCGAUAUUUUUGGAUUUGGUCCUGAUGAACUUGCUAUUGUUCCUAGACCAGUUGCUUCUGUUAUAAUGUUAUUUCCAUAUAACGAUGCAGUAAGAAAUAUAUUUAGAUAUUAGAUACUUAGAUAUUAGUAUAUAUAUAUAUAUAUACAUAUACUUCUAUACUUAUAUAUAGGGCAGAUAAUUUGUAGCAUUUGCAUAUUUGUUUUGCACUUUAACAAAAAUAGCAAUAUACGAAACAAGAACGUUUCAUACUUUCACAAAGCUAGUUUUAAAAUUUUAUUUUACAAAUAAAUGUAUUAUUUAGUUUUUUUAUUAUUUUGGAGUAUAUUUCUUAAAUUUUAUACUGCUCGAAUCAUAUUUUAAAUAAUUUAUCAUUUUAUCAAUAUUUUUUGUCGUUGUUUUAAUUUCAUUUUAUAUAAAACCCAAGUAUUAUUAAAUUUAAAAUUAUUUAAAUUGUUAUUGUAUAUAUAUUAUGGUUAUUUUAUAAUCGUUUAAUAUAAUUUUUCCGUAAACCACAUUUCGAAGGUCGCUGAUUAGAUAAAAUUUUUUUUUAAACAAACAAAAACAAUUGUUUUCAGAAAGAAAAAUAUAUAUAAGCAUAUUGGUAGUGCAUAUUAUAGGAUUUUUAAGUGCAUAGGUGGUUGCAUAUUUAGUGAUUUUUUAGUGCUACAAGUCCUCUGUCCUACAGUUAUAUAUUAAAUUGCUGUUUUCAUAAAGAUGUAACAUACGUUUUUGUAAUUCAUAUUGCAGUAUAAACAACGUAAGAAUGAAGAAGAGUUACAACUGAAAGAUAAAGGCCAGGAAGUAUCGGAUGAUAUAUAUUUUGUCAAACAAUAUGUACACAACGCUUGUGGUACUAUGGCAUUAAUCCAUAGUGUUGCUAAUAACAGAGAUAAGUAAGAUAAAUGCUAAUAUAUUAUAACAAAUUGUAAAUACAUUUAUUUUUAUUGGAAGUAUAUUAAAUAAGUUACAUUGAAUAUUAGAAUACAACUGGAAGAUGGUAUAUUAAAACGGUUUUUGGAUGAGGGGCAAAAUAUGUCACCAAGUGAUCGUGGUGAAAUGUUGACAAAAGCUGAAGAUAUAAUUAAUACACACAGGGAAAUCGCUAUUGAGGGACAAACUCAGGUAAAUAAAUUAUAAUUUAUGUGUAUAUUAAUUUGUUUUUUUUAAAAACCAAGCUUAGUUUUUUUUUUUUUUUAAAUCGUAUAUAUAAUAUAAUUUAGAAUUUAUUUUUAUUGAUANGUUUGCGAUAUUUUUGGAUUUGGUCCUGAUGAACUUGCUAUUGUUCCUAAACCAGUUGCUUCUGUCAUUAUGUUAUUUCCAUACAAUGAUGCUGUAAGAACUAUACAUUUGAAAAUUUACUGUUUUCAUAAAGAUGUAACAUAAUUUUUUGUAAUACAUAUUGCAGUAUAAACAACGUAAGAAUGAAGAAGAGUUAAAACUGAAAGGUAAAGGCCAGCAAGUAUCAGAUGAUAUAUAUUAUAUCAAACAAUAUGUACACAACGCUUGUGGUACUAUGGCAUUAAUCCAUAGUGUUGCUAAUAACAGAGAUAAGUAAGAUAAAUGCUAAUAUAUUAUAACAAAUUGUAAAUACAUUUAUUUUUAUUGGAAGUAUAUUAAAUAAGUUACAUUGAAUAUUAGAAUACAACUGGAAGAUGGUAUAUUAAAACGGUUUUUGGAUGAGGGGCAAAAUAUGUCACCAAGUGAUCGUGGUGAAAUGUUGACAAAAGCUGAAGAUAUAAUUAAUACACACAGGGAAAUCGCUAUUGAGGGACAAACUCAGGUAAAUAAAUUAUAAUUUAUGUGUAUAUUAAUUUUUUCUUUUAAAUUGUGUUAUAUAAUUUAUAAUUUAUUUUUUAUUGAUAUAUUGUGUUUGUAUCUAAAUUAAGUUAUGAGUAAUAGCGUGUAAAUCAGUAAAUUAAAAUUUUGAAACUAAUAGAUUAGCUGACUUAAUUAAAUUGGUUUAUAUUUAUCACUAUUAAAUUUUUAUUAAAUUAAUGUUUAUUAGAAAUCAUUCUUAUUGGGAGUUUUGUUUAACAAUAUUUUAGCUAGUAUGCAAUAUGUACCAAAAUUACUGAGGUAUUUUAAAGAGAAUUGCACAAUUUUGGUACAAUUUCAUUUUGAAAUCAAGUAUAUCUUUGUAGGAUUAUUGAAAAAACAAUUUCCUGCGUACAAUAGAAUAUUAUAUUAAUACAGAUUAUUGAAAUUAUGUUUAAAUUUAAUUAAAACACUAAUAUAAUGUAAUUAUUUAAAUUAUUUAUUUAUUUUUUUAUAACUGUAUUUCUUAUCUUUUUGUAUGUAAUUUAUAUAAAUUUCUCUCGUUAAUAUGUUAAUUUUAAACCAAUAAUUUGAAUUAAAUUUAUGUUCAGCCACCAGAUCCUGAAGAUAUGAUACCUUACCAUUUUGUGGCAUUUGUCUGUAAAGAUGGAUGUUUGUAUGAAUUGGGUAAGAAUAAAUUUACUGUAAUAUAUUAAUCAAUCAAUUAAUUGUAUAAUUUUAACCUAACUAAUAAAUAAAUUUGUUUUUAAUAGAUGGUCUAAAAUUUGAUCCAAUUAAUUAUGGACCUACAACUCCUGAUUCAUUGCUUGAAGUAAGAUUAUAACUAUAUUUUAUAUUAUUUUUUUACAUAAGGCUAAAUAUAAUUUGCUAUUUGUGUUCAAUAAUUAUAUGUUUAUUUUUUUAAAUAACAGGAUACAGUAUCUUUGAUCCAAGAAAAAUAUGUUGUACAAGAUCCUGAUAAUAUUUACUUCACUUUAUUGGCAUUGUCCAAGUGUUAUUGA